GAUGCACACGAAUUUAUGCAAAGGCUGCGGGCGGGGCCGCCCGCCCCGAGCCCAGGGUGCCGCCCCCGGUAUAAGGCGGCGGCGCGGCCGGGCCGGGCGUGCGGAGCUGCGGCAGCCCCGGGAGAGGCGGUGCGGAGCGGUGCGGAGCAGAGCGGCAGCAUGCGCGAGUGCAUCUCCGUCCAUGUCGGCCAGGCCGGCGUCCAGAUGGGCAACACGUGCUGGGAGCUGUACUGCCUGGAGCACGGCAUCCAGCCCGACGGGCAGAUGCCCAGCGACAAGACCAUCGGCGGGGGGGACGACUCCUUCACCACCUUCUUCUGCGAGACCGGCGCCGGGAAGCACGUCCCGCGGGCCAUCUUCGUGGACCUGGAGCCCACCGUGAUCGAUGAGAUUCGGGGAGGAGUGUACCGGCAGCUCUUCCACCCCGAGCAGAUGAUCACUGGCAAGGAGGACGCUGCCAACAACUACGCUCGCGGGCACUACACCAUCGGCAAGGAGAUCAUCGACCAAGUGCUGGACAGGAUCCGGAAGCUGGCUGACCAGUGCACAGGCCUCCAGGGCUUCCUCGUGUUUCGCAGUUUUGGAGGUGGCACCGGCUCCGGAUUCACCUCGCUGCUGAUGGAGCGACUCUCUGUUGACUACGGCAAGAAGUCCAAGCUCGAGUUCUCCAUCUACCCUGCCCCACAGGUCUCCACUGCUGUGGUGGAGCCCUACAACUCCAUCCUCACCACGCACAGUACUUUAGAGCACUCGGACUGUGCCUUCAUGGUGGAUAACGAGGCCAUCUACGACAUCUGCCGCAGGAACCUGGACAUCGAGCGCCCCACCUACACCAACCUCAACCGCCUCAUCAGCCAGGUCGUUUCAUCCAUCACCGCCUCGUUGAGGUUUGAUGGAGCCCUGAAUGUUGACCUGACCGAGUUCCAGACCAAUCUGGUGCCCUACCCUCGCAUCCACUUCCCCUUGGCCACCUACGCCCCGGUUGUUUCGGCCGAGAGGGCGUAUCACGAGCAGCUGUCGGUGGCCGAGAUCACCAACUCGUGCUUCGAGCCGGCCAACCAGAUGGUGAAGUGCGACCCUCGGCACGGCAAGUACAUGGCGUGCUGCCUGCUGUACCGCGGGGACGUGGUGCCCAAGGACGUCAACGCCGCCAUCGCCACCAUCAAGACCAAGCGCAGCAUCCAGUUCGUGGACUGGUGCCCCACGGGCUUCAAGGUGGGCAUCAACUACCAGCCGCCCACCGUGGUGCCGGGGGGGGACCUGGCCAAGGUGCAGCGCGCCGUCUGCAUGCUGAGCAACACCACGGCCAUCGCCGAGGCCUGGGCUCGCCUCGACCACAAGUUCGACCUGAUGUACGCCAAGCGCGCCUUCGUGCACUGGUACGUGGGCGAGGGCAUGGAGGAGGGCGAGUUCUCCGAGGCGCGCGAGGACAUGGCUGCCCUGGAGAAGGACUACGAGGAGGUGGGCCUGGACUCCUAUGAGGACGAAGAGGAGGGCGAGGAGUAGAGGCGCCGCGGCCCGACAGGACCUUGCUCCUUUCCGCGGGCCUCCCUUUGCGGGAGCCCUUUGCAAUAAACCGUUUGAGAGCCUCCGUGUCUGCCAGUAA